AUGGCAGAAGCUGAAGCCAAAUCCGUGCUGGGUACGAUCAGUCGGGGACACCUCGAAUGCCCGAUUUGCUGCUGUCGUUUCACCGAUCCCAAGAUACUGGACUGUCUGCACAGCUUCUGUCUGAACUGCCUGGACGAGCUCAACAGCAGACAGCAACCCAAUGCAGACGAGAUUACUUGCCCGGUUUGCAGGCAAACAACUGCUGUACCAGACACCGGAUUGCAGGGUCUACCCAACUGCUUUUUCCUGAGUUCCCUCGUCGAUGAAUUCAACAAGCAGGAGCGGUUGCUAGGAGACGCGCCAGCGGAUACUCGUACAUGUGAGGAAUGUGACGAGGGCUUAGAAGCCGUCUCAAGGUGCUUAGACUGCUGCAAAUUUAUCUGCACAAAAUGCCUUGAAGCCCACGAGCGCAUGAAAUCCAUGAGACACCAUCGGAUUAUUGGUAAAGAACAAAACAGAUUUGAUGUAACCACUAUCGAUCCUCAGAAGAAAGCUACUCCACAAUGCACAAGGCACACAAAUCAUGAAAUCUGUUUUUACUGCGAAACAUGCAAGACCUUGGCGUGUGCAAAAUGUGUUGCAUUGGAUCAUCGAACAGCGGAGCAUAAAUAUAAAGAAGUCGCCGAUACCAUUCGAUCGUACCGUCAAGAUGUCAGCGACAUUCUGCAGAAGUUCAACAAGAGUAGAGAGGAAUUUAAAGUCACCGACGAUUUACUGACGCAUGCCAAGGACAGGUUGAGAAUCAUGGUCGCCCGGGCUUGUAAAGACAUUAAAACAAAAGAAGAAGCAGAAAUUGCAAAGAUCAGAUACAAAUCCCGUCAUCUCAGAGACAAAGUAACACAAACUGGAGAGGAACGAGAUAGGAAGUUCGCGGAAGUCCAGAAAAACAACCGUGACAAGAUGAAGCGGGCCGAGCAAAUCGUAGCGACAGUCAACGACUUGAUGCAGCAAGCUGACGACUUCGAGCUUUUGGACCUCAAACCGAAGGUGAUGCACAACUUACAGUUCCAGAAGAAACUCAAAUUGAGAGAGGCACAGUAUGAGCUCUCAUUCAUCGGGGUCAAAUGGCAAGAUGUCGUAUUAGAUACAGACCUCGGUGAAGUACUUCCGGAGGAAAAGUGGCAGUUAAAAAAAGAGAUUAUUGAGAUCGGGCCGGGAGAUGAACAAUUUGAGUGUGCUUCAGGCGUCGCGUGUCUAAGCAAUGGUAACUUUGCCGUAACGGACACUACUAAUAAGCAGUUGAUGUUGUUUACAUCCACUGGGAUGUAUAAAUCAAGUGUUAAUCGAAAGAAGUUGUCUGACCCCUGCGGAGUAGCUGCCACCUCUGGUGAGCUACUUCUGGUCACUGAUGGAAAAUAUGUAAAGGUGUUUAACUCCAGGCUAAAAUUCAUUCGCCAGUUCGCACCAUCACAUGAUGAUGCAGACGUUGAUUCAAAGAGUGAUCUUACUGGUAUCGCCGUGGACAAGAAGAAUCGGAUAGCAGUAGCGGACAGCGGCAGAAAGCUCAUAUCUCUACACCAUCUCGAUGGGUCCUUGAUUACAACCAUUUCAAAUGACAUGAUCGAUACAGAGUUGACCAUUGGGAUUAGGAAACGCUUGAUUUACACAAAUUACCAGGAGUGCAAGUUGAUUUGCAUUACCUAUACGGGAGAUGAGGUGUUCAAUGUCAAUACUUCACUGGACGGGGAAACUGUACGGCCCUUAGGCGUGUGCUGCGAUAAUGCCGGUGAAAUAUAUGUUGCCGUCGGUAUCAGAGAAGCUGAAAGCAGUGAAAUGCACCAUUAUUCACCUGCGGGAGUCUUCAUCGGGCGUGUGGCUCGCGAACUUCGCUUUCCCUGCGGCUUGACAUUCACUCAAAGCGGAGACCUCGUGGUGGCUGAUGGGGACUCCGUCAAGAUCUUCCAGCGGGUGUGA